AAAACGACUUUUAAAAGAAUAUGGUAUUAAAGGUGUUAGAAUUUAUCAAAACCCUGGAGAUAUAGUAUUUGUGCCUGCAGGAUGUGCACAUCAAGUUUGUAAUUACACAAGUUGCAUAAAGGUGGCAUUGGACUUUGUUUCUCCAGAAGGAGUUGAAAGGAGUUAUAAGAUAACAAGACAAUUCCGGAGGCUAAUGCCAGGUCACAAGCGUAAAGAGGAUAUUUUGCAACUCUCAAACAUUCUUUUUCAUACUUGGAUGGCAGUUACUUCAAGGAAAGGUUUUAAAACAAACCCACAAAAUAGUGAAGG